CGCGCACCCCGGCCGCUCGGUCUCGCGGGCGCUUCGGUGGAGCCAGCAGUCGUCGGCUGGACGUGCGAGCGGCAGCGGCGACUGCGACGGCAGCAGACAACGAUGAACACGACAAUGGAGGAGUUCAACGUGACCCUGCAGGAGUACCUCGAGUCGCAGCUCGGCGUGCAGACGUUGCCUCUGCACGUCGUCGUGCCAAUCACCGUGCUCUACGCGCUCAUCUCGGUCACCGGCAUCGUGGGCAACGUCGUCGUUUGCAUGGUCAUUGCCAAGCACCCAAACAUGCACACCGCCACCAACUACUACCUCUUCAGUCUCGCGGUCGCCGAUGUCACCAUCCUCGUCUUCGGCCUGCCUAACGACCUCUACGUCUACUGGCAUCAGUAUCCAUGGGAACUGGGCGAGGGCCUGUGCAAGUUCAGGGCUCUCAUCUCGGAAGCGACAUCUUACGCAUCAGUGCUGACGAUCGUAGCCUUCUCCAUGGAGCGAUAUCUGGCUAUUUGUCAUCCGCUACACGCGUAUACAAUGACAGGCUUGCGACGAGCCUCACGCAUCAUCGCGGCAAUUUGGCUGGUGUCGCUUGCGUGUGCCAUUCCUUUCGCCCUUUUCACCACCAUCAAUUACCUCGAUUUCCCACCGGGUUCAGGCAUCCAGAUAAGUGAGUCUGCAUUCUGCGGCAUGCUCAACGUUCCAGACAACUUCCCGCUCUACGAAACGAGCAGCGUGAUUUUCUUCCUGCUGCCUAUGGUGAUCCUGGUGGUGCUCUACACUCGCAUGGGUUUGCUCAUCACGAGGCGCCACGGCCUCGGCGAGUCGCAUCGCACCAACAAGUCGAGAAAGUCGAUCCUCCGCAUGCUCGCCGCGGUGGUGGUUUCCUUUUUUAUCUGCUGGGCACCGUUCCACCUGCAGCGGCUCCUCUACGUCUACCUGAGUGAAAUGGAUGGCUUCAACGAGUACAACGAAUGGAUAUAUCACAUUACCGGCUGCUUUUAUUACUUCUCCUCCACAGUCAACCCCAUUCUGUACAACGUCAUGUCGGCCAAAUAUCGCAACGCCUUCAAAGCAACGUUGUGCGGCGCAAGCAUGGCGACGACGAUGGCUGCGUCAGUGCGUGAGACGAGCCUGGCGGCGUCGAAACGCGAGGACGCACGCACUACGCCGUGCAGCAGCUCGUGGUUGUCGCGGCAGCACGCCAGCUCGUCGCGUGUGCGGGUCACCCUUCUGGUGGAGGAGGACGCCUCCCUGCUCGAGCCCAUCGUGCUAAUUGUGCAGAAGAACGCGGCCGCCGCGCAGGCCGGCAAGCGGCUACUGGCGGCCGUCUCCGAGUCUGACGAGCACGCCAGGGUUGCGCCCGACAUCAUCGCCAACACGGACAACACCGCCGAGAGCUCAAUGUGAACGUUUUGAUAUUUUAAGUUGUUUGGUUGCUACUAAUUCGACUGAUUAUUGGCGAAGAAAAUUUGCGUAAGUCUUUUUCGUUUGAAGCUGAAAAUAGAUGGUGCCACCGUAUACUUACCAUUUUAAGGCUCUUCCACUGUGAUUUAGGACUUAAAUCAUGCUACUACAGCUGUGCAUUCUGCGCUUGAAAUUAUUUCUGUGUGCUAAACCUAAAACAAAAUAUCAGUUUAACCAAUGGAAAACAUUAAAAAUGGUUUGAAAAAAUAAAAAAUUACUUUGCUGAUGUUUCUACUGCGAUUGGCUGGACUGGUUAUAUUGUUUCCUAUAUAGGUAUUAAAUGAAAUCAUUUUAGGUUUAGAAAACAUAAGGAACGUGCAAAACCGAUCGCUAUGAUGUUCAAACCAUAAAAUAUAUUAUUCACGUUGAAUCAUAAUAUUUUAAGCAUUUUGAGGCAGCUAAUUUAAAAAUCGAUCAUUUCCAAUUAUUCCUACAAAACAGGUAACUCGAUAAUGAGUUGUUCAAAAUUUUACCUGAAAACCAAGUGAAAAGUUGAAUAUUACGAUUCGCGUGCUCUGUUACACACGAAUCACGUCUUAUUAUUUCAAUUCAUCGGGGAACCACGCUCAUAAUUCAAAAUCUCCGCGAGUUAACCUCUCUUCCAAGGGCCACUGUUCAUAGAGAUUUCAGUUUUCAGUUUGCGUUUUGCUUCAAACAAAAAUCACCAGUUUUCUCAUAGAAAUCAAUUAUUUUGUUUCGUUAUAAGUUGAAAGAAACAAGCGCCUUUUUCACUUAAAGUUGUUUGGAGAAAAAUAUAUUAAAUUUUGAAUCUUUUAGAAAUCGAUUAUUUGCCGAUUAUUCUUCUCAAAUUGAAAACAUUAAUCGGAUUAUUUGUGCCUAAGACACUAAUUAUUUUCAAAAUUAAAGUUUUUCCUUAUCCAUAAGAAGAUUGGCAAGAUUUAGUCCAAAAUCAAAUCAAAGAACACCAUCUAUUAUGGAAGCUUGCGCAAUUAACGGAUUGACGGGAAAAAAUUUAUGCACAUCGUGUUAAGACACUUUUCCGAACCAUCACUGCCCUGGAUUCAUAAAAAUCCUUUCGAAAGCAAGUUGUGAAAAAUCCGACUUUGAAGCAUCAGUGAAGGGGGUCUGCUGCUGCAUCUUUGACGUCAAUUCUUUUAGCCAUCAGAGGCAAGCACAUCCCAACUUCUGGGAUUCCAGAAAGGUCUCUUUACACACAACACAGGAAGAACUGUAUGUUAAAAAGACCUCUUUGUGCUUGGCACAAAAGGUCAUAAAAGUCAUGAAUAUAUUCAAAAAAAAACUUAUCCUUCCGGGUUCAAGGUUCUAUAUUAUUAAUAGCUGUUUGUGCCAAAAACUAACUAUAAGAAAUUAUUUUACUGAUGUGCAGUGUAUUUUCUGCAUUUAAAAUAUCCACGUUAAAUUGAGAAACUGUGUAUUUUUCAUAGUUUACAGUAGGCGAAGAAACAAAAAUAGUAAAGACUUUGUAUUAUUUUGAAAGAGCAGCAGAUUAUAGGACAUUAAAUGUUUUAUAAUCCUUUACUGCCGUUUCGUCAUUAUUUUGCAGAAAUAAUGCAGUUAAAUUGAAAGCAUGAGCUUUAAUUACUAUCAUUCGUUUUAUAUCAUGAACUGUCUUCGCUUUCAAAGACUCGACGUUGUAAUUUCAAAAGAAAUAAUUGAAUUUAACCACAAGUUCGUUACAUGAAUGUUCCUUCAAGUUGAACAGUUUUAUUCUAUGAAUGUUACAUCAUGUGUCUUAAUAAAAGUAUGUUGGAACUAAA